AUGUGGCGAAUAACGCUAUUUUUCAGAAAUCUCUACCUCCGAAUCACCGUGAACUUUCUACGGGCCGUGUUUAAACUAACACGCCCGGCACCAAUUCCAAGCCAUGCCCGUUCCACUCUAAAUAUCCCAAGUCGAGAUGUGGGCAGAACCAUCACGGCAAACCUAUACACAAAAGACGACCCAUCUACAUCUCUUCCACAACCAGUCCUAAUAAACUUCCACGGCAGUGGAAUGAUAUUCCCUGCAUUCGGCUCCGACGAUGAAUUCUGCCACCACAUUUCCCAAAACACAAAGUACGCCGUAAUUGACGUGAAAUAUCGUCUUUCACCCGAGAAUCCUUUCCCAGCCGCCAUGAACGACGCGGAAGACGCUAUCCGAUGGGUACAGGGACAGGCAGAAAAGUACGAUCUGACCCGGUUGAGUAUUUCCGGCUUCAGCGCUGGAGGAAAUCUCGCCAUCGUCGCCGCAACCGCAAUUAUGCCCAAAAAUACAUUCCGAUCCGUCCUGACUUUUUAUCCUGGCGUGGACUUGGCCUCGGAUCCAGCGGAAAAGGUCGCUCCUGAUACUAGUUCUGGAAAAGUGAUUCCGCCACGGAUAGCUCGGUUUUUUCAUCGUUGCUAUAUUCCUGUUGGUGUCGAUGCGCGGGAUCCGCGGAUUUCUCCACUUUUCGCAGAUCUUUCGGGGUUUGAGUCGAAGUUGCUGGUUAUAACUGCCGCGAGGGAUAAUAUGGCGCCGGAAGCUGAACAUUUUGCUUCCCUUGUUAAAGAGAAGACUGUUCGUUCUGAUGAUGUUGUGGCUCAUAGAAUGGAGCAGUGUGAGCAUGGCUGGGAUAAAGCUCCGAAUCUUGGACCCGUGCAAGAAGAGGCUAAGUGGAGGGCUUAUUCAAUGGCGAUAGACAUGCUCGAGGGUUAA